GACAAAUGGAAAAGGAUCGACAUUGUAAAAUACCAGUAUUAAGUGUGUAGCUAGCUAGUCUGAUAUGUACGUAUGUAUGUUCAGAGCUAGAUGUUUGUGUAUACUAGGUCUCAUCACUGAAGAGCUAUGGUGGCUGUGUGGAAGACUCUACGCGGGCCUCUAGCUGGUCUCCUAUUCCUCUGUGGUGUAGCAGUUCCUAUUAUUCUACUCUGCUUUACAAACACUAAUGAAUCUGAGCCUGUGGAAGGUAUCAGUUCUCUAACAACACGUAAUCAUGAGAGAAGACCAUUAGACUACUCUGACUCAAAGGACAAAUCAGAGGUUCUAAAAUUCCACAUUCAAGAGAUGAAACAGAUCAAACUCUCCGUACAAAACGAACUUCGCGAACUUGAGAAGGAACGAUCGGAUUUGUAUAAGGACAUUGAAUUGAAUAGAGACAGUUUAGCGUUACUAAGAAAGCAAGUAACAGUUGCAAAAUCAGAUCUGCAACAGACGCGUUCCAAAUUAGCUAAAGCACAACGAGAAGAGAAUCCAUUGGCAAAGGGAGGUUUUACUCCAUCAGUCGCUAAUCCUGCUCCGAUUGUCGUUGUUAAUAUACCCCCCAGGGAGCGAGAGUCUAUUAUCACUCACAUCAGUGUAAAUCACCACCAUUGCGAGUAUGAGGAUUGCUUUGACUUUUCCAGAUGUGCAAUUUCCAAACCAUUCAGCGUUUACAUUUAUAAUCUUCACUCACCGUUUAGUAGUCAAUUUGAACUAUUGGAUUCGAACCUAUUAGAUAAAGUGACUGCAAGUCUAACGGAUAAACAUUCAAUCACUGAUGACCCCAGCAAAGCAUGUGUGCUUCUGAUAGUCGUGGGACCACUGAGAACACCUGUGGAAGAUUUGCCAGCAGCCCUGAAGACAUUACCUUACUGGGGAGAAGAUGGAACUAACCACCUCAUAUUGGACUUAUCUUACGGCAAAUUAGUGCAGCUUCAGAAAAAACGUACAGAAAGAGCAAUUUUUGCAAGUGUGUUCUCACCAUCAAAUGACUAUGACAUUAUUUUGCCACCGAUAUUAAAAGGUUCCAAUGGAAAUUCAUGGGCAAGACUCCCCCCUCAUUUACCUGCACUCAGACCCACACUGCUCUACUUUGAGGGAGAGCUGUCAGGGAAAUUUGACAGCAAGUUUGGCAACAAUGAAGCAUGGGUGCCUACCGAUGAACUCAAAGCCAUUGAGAAUGCAAUUCUAACAAAGAGUAAAGACAAAGUGGUCUUGAAGACCAAGUGUGGAAGACAACACUCCAAUGAUGACCCAGCCAACUCACACACCAUUCAACUAGGCGAGUGGAAACUUUGUGGAAAUUCUGAGUAUCGUACCUUUAAUUUGUCAAAGUCCACUUUUUCGCUUAUUCUUGGUAGUAGAACUGGUGUUUUGUCCACUGCUACGUACACUCGACUGAUUGAGGCCCUACAGUUUGGAUCCAUUCCUGUUUUCCUCGGUGUCAAGUCAUUACCCUUUCAGUCUGUCAUAGAUUGGAAAAGAGCAGCAGUAUUCAUACCCUCACCUCGAGUUGGAGAAUUACACUACAUUCUGAGAGAAAUCCAAUCCGAUGUUAUUUUAGAGUAUCGAAGACAUGGCCGAUUUUUGUGGGACACUUAUUUCAGUUCAACAAGCUCUGUCAUUGACACUGUCCUUGCUAUAGUUCGAUACAAAGCCUAUUAUCCACCACCUUCUGCCAAAGACUACAUUGAUGCUAAGCCACUACUUAGAGUCCCUGGUACCGCAAAACAACGACUGUCUCCAAUUCACCAGCAAAAUUUCUCAGCGUACGCAACCAGGUUUUGGAAUCACCCCCCUGGCCCAUUCUAUAUGUACCCACUGAGCCCAUUUACUUCUAGUCCAGUAUCAGGGAGCCAAUACCAAGGCCUCACUCCAACUCAGGUGACCCGACUACCGGCUCAUGUGAUCCAGGCAGGCGGAAUAACUGGUCCUUUUUUCCAAGAUUAUUUAUUAGGAAACACACCCGAGGAGCAAUUCACUGUGGUGAUGCUGACUUAUGAGCGGAAUGAGGUCCUGAUGGAAGCUAUAAAGAGAUUGGACGAGUUGGAUGGAUUGGCUAAAUUGGUGGUGGUCUGGAAUUCCCCCUCUCCUCCCCCACAGAACUUAGAGUGGCCCACAAUCGGAGCUCCUGUAGAAGUUGUGUCUAUUGGUCGCAAUAGCCUCAACAAUCGCUUCCUGCCACUGGCUAACAUACAAACUGAAGCAGUGCUCUCAUUGGACGAUGAUGUACACCUGAGGCACGAUGAGAUACAGUUUGCAUUCAGAGUGUGGAGAGAAGCUCGUGAUCGAAUAGUUGGUUUCCCGGGCCGGUUCCACUCCUGGGACGUCAGACACUCGAGCUGGCUCUAUAACAGCAACUACACGUGUGAGCUAUCCAUGGUGUUAACUGGAGCAGCCUUCGUGCAUAAGUACUACCUGUACCUGUACAGUCAGUGGAUGCCUCAGGCCAUUAGAGACAUUGUUGACGAGUACAUCAACUGUGAGGACAUUGCCAUGAAUUUCUUGGUGUCCCAUAUCACAAGAAAACCUCCACUUAAGGUGACAUCUCGUUGGACCUUUCGUUGUCCUGGUUGUCCUGAAAACCUCUCCUCUAGCAAUGAACACUUCAACGAGCGUCACGUCUGUAUGAAUCGUUUUGUGCAGGUGUACGGCUACAUGCCUCUACUGUACACUCAGUUCAGACUGGACUCCGUACUAUUCAAAACGAGACUUCCUAACUACUUAGAAAAAUGUUAUCAAUUUGUAUAGCUAGUGCCUUAUUUUUGUAUCAGCCUCAGGUAGACUACCUAUAUUUCACGAUUCAUUCAACACAUGUGAUUUUCUAAUUUUCUAAUAACUGAAACAAGCCCCCAUAA